AUGACGAAUACUAAACAGGUGAAAAUCACAAAGCUGUUUCGAAAAGGUGUAGCAAAAUUACCCGAAGAUUGUGAAGAAUUGCAGGAAGAAAUACGAAACUUAGAACAAAAGCUUAGGGAAAAACAUAAUGAGUUCUUUCAGAUUCAACGCAAUAAGUAUAGAGUUAAACAUACUAUAUCCAAAAAUAAGCCUGGAACCUUUAUAAGACCUCAGAAAAUUAUACUACAAAAUUCAAUAGAAAAUGUUAAGAGGAACCUGGAACUGAUGUCAAUGGUGACAGGCAUGGAGGUGCAGUCUUAUGCUGCUGGAGAUCACUGUUCUAUUGUUUACCAUUUACAACAUGAUACUGAGUACCAGGUCAAGCAUGGGCUAAGGAUUGACAUGAAAGCUGGAAAAAAUGAAGUUACCGAAUGUUCAUUUCCAUUGGGUUUCAACUUUAAAGCAGUGAUUGAAGAAUUUGAUAAUGUAAUGAUGCCAGCAUGUCUAAGUUCGAUAAGGAAAGCUCUUGUGGCAUAUUAUGAUAGGUUUGGGCAGUUUGAAGCAUUGCAGAAGUUACUUCAAUUGGAAGCACAAUUGUUCAAGAAACUGGACACAUCACAUGUUGAAAUAACAUUUUAUGCUGAAACGGAUAUGGAAGGGGAGGAUGAACCAGUGGUGUUACACAUAGUCCUUAAGUUGGAAUACAGGGUUUAUGAUAUAAGGCCCAAGACCUGUUGUUUCAAUGAAGAUGAUUUGCCAGAAGAUGCACCUGAAGCCCUUAGAAAUCAAUGUGAGGUGUUUAAGAAAAAACCUUUACAGAAAGCAUUUAAAGAGGCCUUUAUAGAUGGAAUUGGUCCUUACAGACUCAUGCAAAAGUUAAAGACAAAACUUCAACCUAAACCGCAACGGAGACCGAAGCUGUUCCGCCCAAAUAAGCACAACUAUAACAAUGACGACACCUUUCUGCCUGAAGAUUGCUCCGACCAGGGCGAAGAUGAUGAACUAGAACAAUAA